CACUCGUCACUGCUCAGUAACCAGUACUUCCUCUCAGCCUUGAGAAACAGGCACUACCAACUUUUAUAGUGAAACCCUCCUAUUCACAUGACCAGGAGGUCCCAACCAGAAUAACAGGACAGCCCGACUGCCCCCGUCAAUGUCACGAUCAAACAUCUGAAGGCGAACUCUGCCGAGGUGACAUGGGACACCCUGGAUGCGGACAUUGUCAUCGGCUUCGCAAUCUCACAACAGAAGAAGGACAUGCUGCGCUUCAUUCAGGAGGUGAACACCACCACUCGGUCCUGCACUCUGUGGGAUCUGGAGCAGGACACUGAGUACCUCGUCCAUGUCCAGUCCAUCAGUCUGAGCGGGACCAGCCCGGCCAGCGACCCCGUGCUCUUCAGGACGCUGAAGGAAGCAGAGAAGCAGCAAUCCAAAAGCAAAGAUGAGGUGACGAUGCUGGAGGUUGGAAACAGCACGCAGCUGCGAGCGGGAGAAAUGAUUAUCAUCGUGGUGGUAUUAAUCAUGUGGGCAGGUGUGAUUGUCCUGUUCUGCAGGCAAUAUGACAUCAUCAAAGACAAUGAACCAAACAACAACAAGGAUAAAGCCAAGAACUCGGAGUCCGAGUGCAGCACGCCAGAGCAUCCGACUGGAGGGUUGCUGAGGAGCAAGGUAUAGGCCCCUCGCACGCUUCAGGGCAGUUCCCUUAAAACAACAAGCCAUCCAUGAAACAUCAUCAAAGCCUGACUGCUCUCCUUGUCUACAAGAAGGAGUUUGCCCAGCAGGCACAGCCUGGUACAAAAUGCUUUGAGGCAGCAGCAGCAGAGACAGAGAAGCUUCGCCCUGGGAAUUGCCCUGUCUGGAAGUUUACAAGAGAAGGAAGCAGCAGGAAGGUGGAGCGGGUGGAGCAGAGACGUCUACGUUGGCGUGACCCCUUAACAGUUUUAAUUAAGUCAUGCUUUAAUCAAGAGGAAAACAAAAGCCUACAUGAGCAUACUCACAUACAGUACACCUCAUAGUGUGUGGAAGAAGAACUGCCAAUAUUCAUCGUUAGUGUUGCUACUCAAAACACUGUGCUUGAUUAUUUAUUGUCUAAUUCUAACUGUACCAUGAUUGCUAAGCUCCGGACAAGCAAGGAAUUCUGAGAAGACCAAUUAACAAGUCUGCUUCUGAUUGGUUCUGAUGCUUGCGGCGAGAACAUUUUCAGGACGCCUAGUUCACCUACAGCAAUCGCUUGGGCUUGCUUUUUAUGUCCUACAGGACUCUCCAGAUUCAUACUUUUACACAUUUUGUUAUAAGCAUUACUAAUCAGUGUUUUUGUGGUUAUUUAUUUAUUUAUUUAUUUUAUUGCAUUUCAAAAGAAAUCUUUCAAGUAUUUGUCAGUAAGUUUUUUGUUUUUAUUUUUAUCUGUAAAAAAAAAAAAAAACUCUCCAGCACUUAAGAGUUAAUUCUCUUGAAAAGCACACACAUUGACAGUAUUUACAGAGUAUUAUCCUUAAACUUCAUUACUAUUAUUAUUAUUAUUAUUAUUAUUAUUAUUAUUAUUAUUAUUAUUUUAAAAAAGAUGCCUGAUGGUUUGAUGAAAAUCUUGAUUUUAAAAAUCUUGGAUAAUCAUUUGCGAUCUCUCGUCAUUGUUUUUGAACAGUGUUUAGCUAAUAUAUCACAACAAGGUGCCUUGAUUUUUAAGGCAUCUAGGUUCUACUCUUUUGUCUUUAAUGAUCUAAACAGGUUGAGAUUCGUGCUUCUGGUAACAUGAGGAAAUCUGCUUUAUUUGGCCUUGGCACACUUGACUCCAGUGUCUGCUGGCCGCUGUUUUCUUUGAGGUCUCCUCUGGGGAAACCUGUACGUUUGAUUUCACUUCUAAGGCUGAAUAAAAAACCCUUGCUGUUC